AAUUGAAAAUGGCGUCUAUUCACUAUUGCCUAUUACUUAGAUGAAUGAUGAAUCAAACACUAUUAUUUUUUUAUCUAAGAUCCUAAUUUAUGUUUAAAGACACUUCAAUAAUUUCGAAUAUCUCGUGUGUCUAUGUUUACUAUAGUGUUAUCUUUCCGAAGGAAGCUUUGAGUUUCCUUGUUAAGAAAUGGAAAGUGGUUGAUUAAGUGUUUACAUGAAUUCGGCGCGGUGCUUUCGUUCAAGAUGCUUCCGACGGUGGAAGAAAGUCGGGGCUACGAUUUUCAGGACCCAGAGAAUGUGGAUAAAUGGAAAGGUCUCUUCCUCAAUUCAUUCAAAAAGAUCUUAGAGAACCUGCAUCCAACUUUAACAGCCGAAGAGAGUGGUCUAGAAUUUGUGGAGUCAUUAUGUCUUCGCUUGCUGUCUAUGCUUUGUGCUAUACCAGCUCCUGUCACAAUUCAGGAUGUAGAAGAAAGAGUGUCUCGAACAUUUCCAACUCCUCUAGACAGGUGGGCAUUGCAAGAGGCGAGAGAUGUACAAAAGAAAAGAAAGUUGCUACUGCCCGCUGAUAAGUUGCAUCACCUCUUGCAGAAGGAGGUCCUGCCACACAAAAUUGACCCUUCAGUAACGGGUUUCAUGAUAGGAAUACUGGAGUAUAUAAGCACAGAUGUGUUGAGACUAUCUGGAACAUUUGUUAAGAAGAUCUCACAGAAGUCAGGAUAUCUUGUUAUCACUAGCAGUGAUAUAAAGACAGCUAUGUGUGCCGAUAAGCUUCUAAUGGACAUGUUCUACCAAGAAUCUGAACUGGCUGGAGUAGCAGCAGGUGUUUCAGCUCUCGACAGGGGUCGAAGAGCCUCCCUCACAUAUGGAGAGUUGGUGAGAGAUCUUUUGGCUGAUGAGAGAAACUUUCUUCGCGAUCUCAACCUUAUCAUCAGGGUAUUCAAGGACGAGAUAGAGAAGAUCAUCUCUGAUACAUGGAAGAUAUCGCUAAUAUUUGGUAACAUAGUGGACAUUUAUGAGCUUACUGUCACUUUGCUUGGGAACUUGGAAGAUGCGAUGGAAAUGUCUCAGGAUUCGCCGCAACCAUAUAUUGGAAGUUGUUUUGAAGAAUUAGCGGAAGUGGAAGAGUUCCGUGCGUACGUCCGAUAUGCAAAUAUUGUCACGAGAAAAGAGUCGAGGGAUGCCUUGCAAGAAAUUGUUGACAAUCCUGAGUACUCUGAGCGUCUUGAUACAGCGGGUCACGGUUUUCGACUAGCGGUGAAAUACUAUCUACCGAAGUUGUUAUUAACGCCCGUUUCUCACGUAUUCCUAUAUCAUAGCUAUGUCUUGGCGUUGCUACAGAUAGCACCCACUAGUGACGAUAGGGAGAGUUUUAAACAGGUCGAAUGCAAUUUACAUCCCAUAAAAAAGUUAUUGACGAAGGCAUUAGGGAAUGGACCUAAAAUUGAUACAGCAAUCCGAGGCGCGGCUAGAGCGAGACGGCAACUCGCGAUAGAGAAGUGCAAUGAGUUGGGGAAAUUAAUAGAUAAUUGGGAUACGAAAGAUGUGCCACAGUGCUGCAAUGAAUUUAUUAGAGAGGAUACGCUAUCAAAACUAGGCCCUGGAAAACGAGUUGCGGAAAGACGGGCGUUUUUAUUUGACGGUCUACUUCUUCUCUGUAAACCGUCUACUAGCAUAGUUAGUGUAACUGUAAACAGUAAUGCUGCAUCCGGUGGCCCUCAACAACUGAAGUUGAAGGAAAAACUUCAUAUUAGAAAACUAGAAAUUGUCGAUAAAAUUGACUGUGAAGUAUUACCAGAGGGCCGUAACCUGAUGGAACUAACACCCCGGAUCGGAGGACCAAUAGUUCUUUCGGCUGCUUCAGCCGCCGAAAAAAGAAAUUGGAUGUGCGACCUCGUCAUGUUGAACACCAAGCCCAUGCUUGAUAGGAGUUUGGACAGCAUAUUACUAGAACUGGAAAGGCGGCAUCCCCUUAAACUACCGCCGGUGUCGUUGUAUCGCUUCGCGGAGCCCGACUCGCCCGAUAAUAUUGUGUUGGAAGAACGGGCGGGACCUACGCCUCUUAUAAAGGGCGCCACCCUCCUAAAACUCGUAGAACGACUAACAUACCACAUCUACGCGGAUUUGAACCUCGUGCGAACAUUCCUAACCACCUACCGCUCAUUCUGCUCACCGGCCGAGCUGCUCGACUUGCUCAUUGAGCGGUUUCAUAUUCCAGAGCCGAGCGAGGUCUACGAUACACCCAGAACCUCUGAGUGCGUAGAAGAAAUGUCAGCAAGUAGCGAUGCUGAGAAGCUAAGUAAGAAUACGGCGCGAGAAGAUUGGAAGAGAUAUCGGAAAGAGUUCCAACAACCUGUCAAAUUUCGAGUAAUCAACGUUCUAAGACACUGGGUGGACCAACAUUUCUACGACUUUGAACGUGACCCGGCGUUGCUCGAAAAAUUAAAGGAAUUUUUGGAGUCAGUUGAUGGGAAACCUAUGAAGAAAUGGGUACAGAGUGUACUCAAAAUUGUACAGAGAAAGAGUUUCACCGGCGGCGAUACCGACAGUCUAGCAGGAGGCGUGGCACAUGUAUUCGAUCGUCUGCCACCUGCCACUUGCAAACACGUGGCAGACCCAGACAGAUACAACUGGCAUCCUCUUGCCUUACAUCCCUUGGAAAUGGCCAGACAACUCACCCUGCUCGAGUUUCAGUUGUAUAAACAGGUUAAACCAUCAGAGUUAGUUGGUGCGGUGUGGACUAAGAAGGAUAAAGAAAAAACGAGUCCCAAUCUAUUGAAGAUUAUUAAACACACAACAAACUUCACCCGAUGGAUGGAAAAAUGGGUUGUAGAAAGCGAAAAUGGGGAUGAACGAGCUGGGGUGAUAGCAAGGUUUCUAGAAAUGGCUGUUUGUCUUCGGGACCUGAAUAACUUCAAUGGGGUUUUGGCUGUUGUCGCUGCCUGUGGAAGUGCCAGUGUCCAUAGAUUGAGGAAUACAUUUCAGCUGGUUCCUCUCCGUCUUCUUCGGGCUCUAGAACAAUUUCGCGCUUUGAAUUCUGACCACUUCAAACGCUACCAAGAAAGGCUUCGAAGUAUUAACCCUCCAUGUGUGCCCUUCUGCGGGAUCUAUCUCACGAACAUUCUGCAUAUUGAAGAGGGGAAUCUUGAUUACCUACCAAACUCUCAAUUAAUAAACUUUUCGAAGAGGAGAAAAGUAGCGGAAAUCACCGGUGAAAUUCAGCAGUAUCAGAACCAGCCAUACUGUCUCACUGUGGAACCCAGGACAAGGAUGUUUCUCGAAACGCUGGAUCCGUUUCCGGGUAUGGACGACAAUGAAGUGACCAACUACCUCUACAAUAAAAGCUUGGAAAUCGAACCCAGACCGCCAACGAAACCUACGCCCAAAUUUCCUAGAAAAUACCCAGAGCUUUCAGUGAAGCCGGUGAAGAUUCGCCGUUCAACGGAACAUCACCAGUCUUCUUCCAACAUAUCCAGCAAUGAGGAUACGCUGAGUGUAGCCCAACUUUCACCAACAAGUAUUUGUACAUGGGAUGGCGCGUCUCUCGCUUCAUUACCUAUAAAUCAGGACGAUAGAAGCGAAAGAUCUCUGACGAGUCCCCGUCUAGAGCGGUCAAGUUCUAGCUCAUUGGCCCAACUUGGCCAACUGAGUUUGUUUGACAAACUUGCAUUUUUUGACAAGAGCAAGUCGGUCGCGACACUUAAUAACACCAGGAACAGUAUGUCAGCGCGUGAUGAACCACCCUCGCCCAGAGAUAAUCAUUCGCCGCGGCAUGAUCGAUGUAACAGCACAAGUUGUGUGUCCAACAUGACAUCGAGUAUGGGGACUGUUCGGUCUAGGGGAGCGGCGUUGUCCCCUCGCGGGGCCAUUGUGGACGCGGAACUGUUUUAUUCCCGAAGCAUGGACCACUUGGCUUGCAAGCGGAAUGAACAGGAGCGAGUACCACCCUUACUUCCUCGUCACAGCGCCUUAAGUUCCACCACUUCGCUGGCAGACCACGAACCGCCGCCCCCACCACCUCACCACCACUUGCAUUCUUUAGCAGGUACAUCAGAUACGCCAGAUAUUGAUAAACCACUUCCCAGUCCGAAAAAUCCUGAGUUAUUUAGAAGUCCGGCCAUGUCUCCCAAACGUUCUCCCGCACCACCACCUCCAGGCCUGCUUAACGCCAGCCCUCUCCAUCUAGAUAGGCCUCCUACGUUCAGUUUCCCUUCGGCCACAUCACCAUCAUCACUACAGCAGUCAUGCGAAUCCAGUUCGUGUGGGACUCCGCCACCUCUCCCUCCACGAAGAAGACGAGACUCCGCCGCCACGCCCACUUUGCAUCAUGGAUCCUGGCUGGACAGUUCCCCUUCAGCGGCAGGCAAUAGCCCGCCCCCCUUGCCCCCACGACCCCCACCCGCCCCAGAACUGCUCAGACCCCAGAGCUCCGCCCUACUCCAAAGAAGACAUCACAGCGCUGGGCUUGCCCCCAGACUUCCACCGAAGCCUCCACCGCCGGCCGUUGCGCCUCGCACCUAGCCCUUAUCCACAAAUGUCAAGACUGGACGUAAAAGGAACGGAGAUAUGGCAAUACAGUAUAGAAAAAUAAUAAAAGGUGUGUAGGCAAUGCUGAUUUUUAUGUGAUAGCGGUUUUAGUAUAGUGUUCAACAAUUCUAGGUACUUUUAGUUGUUAUAAGGCGAAAAGCAUCUUUGGAUGUGUUGUACCUAAAGGGUUUCUUCUGCCCGUAUUCUAAAACGCCAAACAAACAAAUCUAGAUUGAAGAGCUGUCAAACUAUUUUUGACAUUUGAAGUUUCGCUCCGAGGCGAUAUUUUGACUUGGCGUCAAUAGAAUAUGGACUUUACUCGCUUUGAUAGUUGUGCGACUCGUAAAUGGAGUCAAUUGUCAUACGCCUGUCAUUUUUACAGUAGAGUCAUAGUUUGUGUGUUAUUGCAGUAGUGUAUGUAAAGGCAAAGACUUGUACAGAUAAAAAAUACAAAAGGUAUAUAAUUGUACUUUAAUAAUACUUUUUAACCGACUACAAAAAGCCUUAAGGUUUUCAAUUCGACCUGAUCUUUUUUGUUAUUUGUAUUAAUAAUUCUUAAGUAAAUAACAGAAAUAAUUUUUAAUUUGACAUUUAUUACACUGACAAUAGUCGAAUGUCGCCACGUAUUUUGAAUGGAAUUAGCCCACUUAUUGACUUGCCAGAGUUUGACAUAAUAAUGACAUCACAAUCAUUUUGUAAAUAAUUAUUUAUAUCCGGUAAAUGACUCGUUCCUAUUUAUAUCGACGUGAAGCAUUGAAGCAAGAAAACUUGACAAACGUGUCGUAUUAAAUAUAAGGUAAUAGAUUUAGUAUGUACAAAUCCGCAUUGUUCUAAGCAGAAAAUUGUGUCCGCUACAUACAUAAAAAUGCAGACUGUAAUAAUACAAAUAUAUACAGACAAAAAAUUUACUAAGGUAUAGUAAAUAUUUAGCACAUAAUAUUAUUUAAAAAAACAUUUACUUUUAUGUACGUAGAGGGCACACAGUUUACAAGUAUUAGUUUUACAAUACAUAUGUACAAAAUAUGAAAGCGCUUCCAUUUUUUUAUUUAAGUUUUUUAUCAAUAGGAAAUAACAAAAGAUUCGCUCGUGGUUAGAAAGCGGUGAUUAAAGUGAAAUUAAUAAAUUAGUUUAGUUUUAUUUGGUAGGCUAACUAAUUAUUACUUCUAAACACAAUUUUUUGUAAUUAAUAUUUUUUCUGAUUUGAGUAAUUUAAUGACUAUACUCUAAUUUUUAGUUCCGUGGAAUUCUGACAGCUUUCAUUUUAUGACAUGUUAGAGAUUUAUUAAGUGUUAGUUAGUUUUAUUAAGUGCGGUGCUCUACAUUAAAGGUGGUGUUACAGCAAGUGAUAAUUACGUUUCUUUUCAUUACAAACAGUAAAAAACGGACAAGUAAAGAUUAAUGUUUUUUUAAUUAGUUAAACCGGGAAUUGAUACCCAGUGAUGCCAGCUAAAGAAUAGAGAAGUAAAUUCGGUAUAUUGAAAUAUUUUUUAUUUUUGUAUUAGGUCACUUGAGGAAGUAAAUAUUAAGAUUUACCUUUUUUUAGGUAAAACAUAAAAAUUAGUAGCAACACUUAUAAAAUGUCAGAAUUUUACGGAAUGAAAAUUCUGAGUUUAUUUAAGUUACAGUUUACAUCAUGACUUCUUUAAAGUUGGACAUUUUAGAUACAUUAAAAAAGGCCCAUGAGCGAAUUAUUUUCUUAAAUAGAUCCGAUACCGUAAGAAAUUGGGUGCAAGUGAAAAAGUACUCUUUUAAAUGCCUACACUUCCCAUACGCAAUAUUGCUCUUUAAUUUAUAGAUUUUUGCGAACCGUUCCAUUUUCUCAACAUCUGCGCUUAACUUUCUAUAUCUAUACUGUACGCUUCAUUUUGCGCGUAUGGGUUCGCGGCUUAAUAUUUUUUGUUCUACGAGUAGAAAAUGUGGUAGGGAUAUAAGUUAAAAAAAACAUAAAUGUGUUACAUUUCUGUGGUAACUUCUUUUUAUAACACAAACAUUUCAGUUUGCCAGUCAACCUCAAUCAAAUUCCUAUAGAGUUAUUUGCAUCGGUACUCUGCCAGUCAUUUUAUUGAUUAUAUUCAAUCGAAAUUGUGCUCAUAUGUAUGGUUUUGAAUUAUUAAUGUUAGGUAAAGAUUUUUUUUAAAGUAAUUUAAAAUAUCUCUGACCGGCUAAAAGACAUCUAUAUUCCGGACAAUGCCACUUGAGUUAUUGUUACACAGCCUACAAUUCACAAAAUAAAUGUAUUAAUAAUAUAGAAUAAUGCGUUAACCAGUCUAUAUUGCAUUGUAGCCGUCCUUUUUUGUUACGUUAGGGAGAGAUAACAAUAUGUUCAUGACAUUUUGUGGUGAACUACGUUUGUUCUAUAAUCAAAGCAAUGUUGGUCCACUCUUAUAAAUUUUCUAAGCGGUAACCCUUAACAAGGGAUUAAAAUUUGAAUUUAGAUGCAUAAUACAUAAUUUAUUAUUAAAUGUAAGAAUAUUAGUGGAAACGCUUAUUGCCAUUGGUCCAACUUGACAGGCCAGCCUGUAUAUUUCUUUCUUAACUUUUACAAAUACAUCAGUCGUAGGUCAAACAAAAUGUAUGUGUAAAGUAAAAUAUAGCUUAUUGGACGAUGUUUUAGCUUGAAUGGUUGUUCUGUGGAAAACCGAAAAAUGUAUUUUAAGUAAUGAAAUUGAGGCUGGCCAUACUAUAUUGUGAUAACCGGUGUUUAGUGUUAGUAAAUGUGUUUUAUUGUUUUGUUAUCGGGUAUAGUAACUAAAUUUUGAUUAAAAAAUGUUUAUUGAAGUCUCAUUGGUUGAACAAUAAAGACAAUUUUUGCAUUUAUAAUGUAAGUUUCAUAAUUAACAAUUGAUGCUAAGAACAAAAAAUAAUUCACAUUUACAGUUAAACCUUAACACUACACCCCCAAACCCCACUUUGGGACAGUGUUUAAGAUAGAGAUCUUCGAUGUAAGUUAUCCAAUGUAAAAUAUUAUGUUAGUUCGUGCUGUACAAAUAUGUACAUAAAGCUUUUUUAGAAAAAUGCCAUCGUAGUUUUAAAUUUAGCCCACGAGAUGGCAGUAGGAACUUUUUGUAAGCUUAAUUCGACCGUAGUCCGAUAGAAAAAGAAACCAAUAGGGAACAUUUACUUCCUCUAAAUAUUCAUAUAUUAAACAAAUAUUCGAUGUUCUUCGUAGGUUGUAUGGAUAUUUUUGAAUAGCUCUCAAUGAAUUUGUUUUUUCAUGUCAGUUGAAUGUGCGAUACAAUAUUUUAUGAGAGCUACAGUAUUUUGUACAAAAUUUAUUUGCUCUAUUGGGUUUCUUGUCUAUUAAUAAAUUAAGCGGUCGAGUCGCGCUUGGCUAUAUGACAGAACAGACCAUAGACUAUAACACAGGUUUUAUUUUUAUAUUGAGCAUGGACAUGUUAAUUUUUAUUUUAGUUGCGUAAGUAGUUUUUAUAUUGGAGUUUUAUAAGUGGCCCAGUUGCAGUCUAUGGUCGAUUUUGAUGUGACCAUUUGUAAAAAUGAGUAUAGUUGUAAAUAUAAAUUACGCGAAUGGAGUAGAAAAUAUUCAUAUUAUAUACACAGUUAUAAAU